UGCUGUGUUUUGUUCCUCGGUCAACGCGGAGCUCCACUCAGCUGCUUGGCAGCGGCGGCGGCGGCUGGAGCUGCGCUCUAGUGAGGGGCUCGUAAGCGGCGGCCGCCGAGAGUCCCAUAACGGGGCCCGUGAGGGCUGCUGCCGCUUGCGCAGAGGAAAUGUACACAACGCGCUGAGGAACUGUACCCAUCUAGAAGAUGAAGGCAAAACUUCUGAAGUGCCCAUACCCAGAAGUGGUUGGCUAAUACCGGAAGAAGGUGCCUGUGCCUCCAGCACUCAAAAGUGUAAGCAGCAAGAGACCAUGGUAACGCUAAUAACGGAAAAGCUGCAAAAUCAGACUUUGGAUGACCUGACAUGUAAAACAUUCAAUAUUAAUCUGUACUCAUCCGAGAAGCAGAAUGAAAGUCAUAGCCUGCUCCCAUUUGAAAUCAGUGCAGAAGAAGGCCCUUGGAAUUCGUCCCAUGGGGACUGUCGGGCCAGAACUGAACCAAACAAGAAGUCCGUUUGUUCUUUGCCGUUGUGUCCUUUCAGUUCGAGCGUGACCCGUGUGGAUUUACACCGGCAGCAAGAAUCGCCGGGCCAGUCUCUCGUCUCGGGAUGGAUAAGUGAACUCAGUCUAAACGAGAAGUCCAGGCACCCGCUGACGCCCCCUACCAAACGCCACUGCAGGUCGCUCUCCGAACCAGAUGAGCUGGUACGGUGCCGAUCGCCGUGGAAACCCGGCAGCUCAAAGAUCUGGACUCCUGUGUCGAAGAGGCGGUGCAACAGCGGAGGCAGCACCGCUUUGCAGCGAUGCAAUAGCCACGGGAGCACCGCUUCAAAGCCAAACACAUGCACCGGCCUGCCCCACUGUGGGCAUUCUUGGAAUAAUGUCAUCCAAAUCGCCAACCUCAACACUUCACCUGUUCCCAGGCCGUCCUCUGCUAGCAGUGGCUUUGUAGACGGCAGCGAAGGAAGCUCCAGUUCGAGUAUUCGUUGGAAUUCCGGAAGGUCUUACGACUUUAAUCCGAGACGCCGCCUUUCCCUGUCCCAGGAACAUAUUACUGGGACGGGAAAUAACUUGUCUUCAGCCAGCAGCACUCCCACUUCCACGCCAGAGCUCAGUCGGCAUCAGGGUUUACUGAGAUGCCGCUCCCAGCCUUGUGUCCUCAAUGAGAAGAAAAGCAGACUCAAGCGUAGGCGAGAAGAAGACGUCCGAUGGAAUCGCCCCUCGUUGGACUUUUUAAAAAUGACUCGGACUCUCAGAAAUUCAAAAAGUCUCUGCUCGCUUGAUUAUGAGGAUGACGACAAUGACGAGGCACAAACGAAGACCAUUGUCUCAUCUCCAUGCGACUCGAAUGACCUUAUGAACAUAAAUACUCCCGAUUUCAGCCGGGAAGAGGAUGAUGAUGUCAAGCACCGUGGCUCACAGCAAGCCGGCUUCAUCACAAAGGGUUCCACAGAAGAGGCUGCUAUGUGUGAAAGUGAAGAGGAGACCAGUGACUGUGAGAGCGUCGAAGAAGGCAUUUUUCCUCUGGACUGUGAAGGUCUAGAUCUAGAGCAGAUUGAAAACAACUGAGACAGACGCCCGCCAAAAGAGGGGAUUUUUAUUUUGCCGGCAGAAAUGUUAGCAGAUAACAUUGCUAUGUCUGUGAGUUUCUGCUUGUACAUCCUGCCAACGUGUAGGAAAUGUUUCAAGUGGGGAUAAUAAGGGCAUUUAGCUCCGGAUGGUAGAUCUUUAGGAGGCAGUAGGUCAAGAAAUCCUUUGGAUCUGGACAACUCCCAAUGUCUCGUGUUUUUCUUUCCCCCCAGCUCAGUAAUUCUUGGAACGGCAUUCCGUGCUGUAACCUGGAUGUAGUGAUUCCUGUUGAGGAUUUAAUGUCUCUCGCUAAGGAGUUUAACUUGCAAGUCAGUAACAGAAUCAAAUGGCUUACAUGAUUGAUCCAAAACCUGCAACUGCUUGUUUGGUCGGUUGCUUUGAACUUCAUGUAGAAAUGACUUUCUGUAUGAGUUACAGUUGGUUCACACACCAGUGUCGCCACUGAAUGUCCAUUUGACUUGUGCUUGCCUGUCUUUGCAUGGAAUAAUCUGCAUGUGAGCCAGAAGUUUACACAUACCAGAUUAUUCCUGAUUGCCAAAGUAGUCUUUCUUAGAGCUGCCCACUCAUGGAGACCUUAGCAGCCGGGUGUUAAGAGAAUACAGGUUUACCUUCCCAUCCAUGUGCCAUUUUUUCCCAUGGGAACACAGAGGGCACGAGAAGGCAUAAGAACAUUCAUGCAUAGAAAACGUUGGCACAUAGCACCUUCUGUGAACCAGCACUAUGAUUCUUUCUCUCAAAACCUUCCGGUUACCUUUUUCCGAUUGAAAUGGUUUUGUAGCCUGAAGCAAUGCUGGAUUGGAUUGCCAGUCUUUGCCCACUGCCUUGGUCUUUCUGCGGUUAAGAGGAAUGUAUCACAAAAAGCACUUGACGAACUUCUAGGAAGGGAAUUUGGAAUGAUGUUCCCCAAGAGGUAAUAUUUUCAGCAAUAUUAGAAGGAAGCUGGUCCUUGAAUUAAAUAAAUGAUAUUUUGCUUUGCA